UAUUUAUUAUUGAGGGGCUUACUGUGGAGCUUAGUAAUUUUUUGUAAUAAUGUCCUAUAAUAUUUAUUUAUUUAUUAUUAUUUAUUUACUGACGCAGGCGAUAUCACUGUCAAUCUCCCUGAUAAAAUGAGUGACGCGAUUGACUGAACGUUGUAAUCGCAAUCGGCAUGCGACAACGUUAUCAGCGCGAUUUAGAAAAGAAGCUGACGUGACAUCUCCCAUAUCCCUCUGUCGCAAUGCCGCAGCAGUAAUGCUGUUGCAGUCGCCAAAAGAAUGUCACCUUUAAAAGAAUAGCUUAAACAUUGAGAGUUAAGUAAAAUAAUGUAAAAAGGAUUACGUCCGUUGAUCAUGAUCUCAUUUUUGUUAUGAAAUUGAGGUCAUUAAUGGAAACCUAAGGCAUCCACCGAGGUGAAGAUGCAUGAAUGGAGGGAAUUCUAUUAACAAAUUAAAGGGAAAAGACAACAGACUGAAUACCCUACAUGUACGUAAAUCGUAGUUGAGUCACAAUUAAUAUACGAUAUAAAGGAUGCUCGUUAAACAAUAACACCAGUUCACAAAGUGGUUCAAAAUAGUAUGGUCCUAUUAGCAUAACCAUUAUUUGGUGGCAAUCAAUAAUAGGUGCCUUUUAAUUUGUUCCAUUUGUUAUACUUACUGUCCAUUUAGGACAAUUCAGUUAACCCUAUAUUUUAUUAGUUUUGUGUAUACAACGUUGAGAAUGGAAAUUGCAGUGUUUUUUGUUUGCAUGGCAAUAAUUGCGCAAAUUAAUGCUGCACCAACACCGGAGUCAGGAUCCAUCACUCACGAAAACAACGAAUUUGACCUACCGCCUAUGGCUCGUGGAGGAUUUACUAUGAAUUUAACAGUAUCAGUCUCUACAAGUGCAAGCACAAGUAAUCAAUUAAAAGUGAAAAUGCUGCCCAAAGCGGAGGACGAUAACGAGCCUAUACCCGAUUAUUGCAUAAGCAACAACAUUCAGGGCAAGCAUAUCUGCGUUAUGCCGAACCAGGAAUGGACCAUCAGAUCGGCGGAACCUCAAAAGAUAAUAGAUUACCUGAUAGAUAUCACGGCCGGACGCAGCGAUAAUGGCCUCAUACUAACAGUGGGACUAAAUGGAAACCAUCAUGACGUCUCCUUGAUUGACUUGGCAGAUUUUGAAAAACUAAAGCAUUUUUCGGUCGGAGGAAUUGAGGAGAUAAAAAAGUUGGAAUUUGAAUUUAAACACGAAGUAUAAGUAGUUAUUUAAGCACGAAUGAAAUUAAUCAAUGUUCAAAAAUUUGAAAAAACUGUAGGUACCUACCUCUUUUUAGCAGAACAAUGUUAUGGUCGAAAUUGCCACAAUAACAGCUCCGUCUGUCGUUAUAAGCAACUCAUAAUAUGGCUACCAUACUGUUUUGAAAGUUGUGAUUUAUUUAUUAAUUUGCUUAGUGCUCUUUAUGUUCCUAGUAAAUUAUAUGUAAUAAUUAUACUCUGGUAGAUCCAAUUAUACAGAUUAAAGCGAUGGGUCAAAUUGGUACAUAUUCUAACUUGCAUAGUGUUGACAGCCCUCAGAAAAUUGUCAUAUACUUAGAAAUUUCCACCCGUGACCGCGAGCCAGGCCGCCCGGUCUAGGCAUCUGGGGGCCUAGCGGGAAAACCGAAAUUAGCAAAUUAUAGGGAUCUUUCUCUUUUACUCUCAUUAAGAUGUAAUUAGAGUGACAGUUAUAAAUACCCGCAAUUGACGAAUUUUGAUUUUCGCGGUUAUAGCCCUGUCGUCGUGCAAACAGAGGACGCUGGUUCGAUUGCUCCAGAGCAAUGACCAAACACUGGAGGCCUUGGUAAUUGUUUCCUUCGUAUUUGACAUUUAUUUCGGUUUAUAGUUUAAAUAGUAGUGUGUCUAUUUUAAAUAACACAAUUAUUUCAUGUAUUCUUGGUAGCAGAGUAGUUCGAUUUUUUGAUAUGUUUACUACCUAUUAUUAAUAUUAUUAUAACACUUAAAAUUGUUCUAUAUAUUCAUAUGGCUUAUCAACUUUAGUACAAGUAAGUGCCCACAACGACGCCGAAACCUGUGAUGUCCUAUAUUUUUUUAAGUUUAGUACAAUACCGUUAGCUACCGUGGACCUAAAUACAUACAUGUUUAAAGUUCUACCAACUUAUAAGUAAUGUAUCUGUAUUGUUGUAGAAAUGAAAAUAUCCUCGUUUUGUAUAGAAGUAGAAUAGAUUAAGGAAAAACGGUAUUAAAUCCUAGUCAAAUUAAUUUAUUUCGUAGGACAUAAAUGUUAUAAAACUUUGAUAAUUUAUCCUAGUAUAGGUAUAGUACAAAUAGGUGCCUACGCGUAAACUUGAAUGUCUGGUGUAACUAAUUCUUAUAAAAUAAAACGACUACCAAAGUUUUUUUUUGGGUAUUUUCCAGUAAUCCAACCAAGAAGUGCAAAAUGCGCAUUUUUUGUUAUUGUUCUUAAUUGAUUAAUAUGUACCUUACGUAGUUUUAUAGUGUAAAUGUGAAGUACCCGGCAUUACACUUAAUGCAAUAUUAUAGUAGUAUAAAUAAAUAGUCCAAUAUUACCUAAAACAGUGUGCACCUUCCAUGCGUGGCACUUAUGUAAAAAGGGCAUGUUGCAUCAACUGCCAAGUAAAUGUGAUGAAUGUAAAUGAUGAUGACUGUUUAUUUAUUUUUAAUAUUAAGAAAAUAGUUUAAGUUUGUUAUGUUAUUACUUAUUAUGCAACAAUGAUUUCAUAAACGAGAAUACUAAG